AUAGAAAUCAAUCAUCUUAUCCGCAACAUAACGGACCAAUAAGAGAGCACGUCAAGCUGUGAAGGUCAAGAAACUCAUACGCUGCGAAACAGACUGCUCCCAUUAACAAUAACGAUUGCCAUGGCCUCAGUACUGGGGACUUCCUCGAAGGCAAUCUUGGCUUCUCGGCUCCUCUAUUCUCCCACCUCCAAGCCUUCUGCUCCCUCUCUCACUUUAACUCCAGGGCAGAGUAAUGGAAAAAAGUUUUAUGGAGGGAUUGGGAUUCAUGGUAAGAGGGGGAGGUCUCAAUUCCAUGUUGCAGUUACAAAUGUUGCCACUGACGUAAGCUCCGUUGAGCAGGCCCAGAAGCUUGCUGCGAAAGAAAGCCAACGGCCGGUAUAUCCUUUUCCUGCCAUUGUUGGACAGGAUGAGAUGAAACUAUGCCUGCUGCUAAAUGUCAUUGAUCCUAAGAUCGGAGGUGUCAUGAUCAUGGGCGAUAGGGGAACGGGGAAAUCCACUACUGUUAGAUCCUUGGUUGAUUUGCUUCCAGAAAUCAAGGUAGUAGCUGGUGACUCAUAUAAUUCAGAUCCAGAAGAUCCAGAAUCCAUGGGCAUGGAAGUCAGAGAAAGCAUUAUGAAAGGAGAGAAACUACCAGUUGUAUUGGCCAAAAUCAACAUGGUUGAUUUGCCUCUGGGUGCUACCGAAGAUAGGGUCUGCGGGACAAUUGACAUAGAGAAAGCCCUUACUGAGGGUGUCAAGGCAUUUGAGCCUGGUCUUCUGGCUAAAGCUAAUAGGGGGAUUCUCUAUGUUGAUGAAGUUAAUCUUUUGGAUGACCACUUGGUGGAUGUUUUGUUGGAUUCUGCUGCCUCAGGUUGGAACACCGUGGAGAGAGAGGGUAUUUCAAUUUCACAUCCUGCUCGGUUUAUUCUCAUUGGCUCAGGCAAUCCGGAAGAAGGGGAGCUCAGGCCACAGUUGCUUGAUCGUUUUGGAAUGCAUGCACAAGUGGGGACUGUCAGGGAUGCAGAGCUGAGGGUCAAGAUUGUGGAGGAGAGAGCUCGGUUUGACAGAAACCCCAAGGAAUUCAGGGAAUCUUACAAGGCGGAGCAAGAAAAGCUUCAACAGCAAAUUACCUCAGCUAGAAGUUCUCUCCUUUCCGUUCAGAUUGAUCAUGAUUUCAAGGUGAAAAUAUCUAAGGUUUGUUCAGAGCUGAAUGUUGAUGGGUUGAGAGGAGACAUUGUAACAAAUAGAGCUGCAAAAGCCCUUGCUGCUCUCAAGGGAAGAGAUAAAGUAAGCUCGGAGGAUAUUGCUACUGUGAUUCCUAACUGCUUAAGACACCGCCUUCGGAAGGAUCCCUUAGAGUCUAUCGACUCAGGUUUACUUGUCAUUGAAAAAUUCUAUGAGGUGUUUGGCUGAGGGAGCUAUCUAUAAGUUUUGUUCAACAGAUUAUUGCUUUAUUUAAUAUUUUGCGGGCAUUUCCAUUUUCCUUCCCCACUAGCAAAACUCAGAACUAUUUCCAUGAUAUCAAACUUUACAGCAGUAGUAUUGGGGAA